GCCAUGGUAGAGUUUGUCAAGCUCCUGAAUAGGUGUUGUCAUCUCUUUUCAACAUAUGUUGCAUCCCACAAAAUAGAGAAGGAAGAGCAAGAAAAAAAAAGGAAGGAGGAGGAAGAGAGAAGGCGGCGUGAAGAGGAAGAAAGAGAACGUUUGCAAAAGGAGGAAGAAAAACGUAGGAGGGAAGAAGAAGAAAGGCUUAGACGGGAGGAAGAAGAGAGGAGGCGAAUAGAAGAAGAGAGGCUUCGGCUGGAGCAGCAGAAGCAGCAGAUAAUGGCAGCUUUAAACUCCCAGACUGCCGUGCAGUUCCAGCAGUAUGCAGCCCAACAGUAUCCAGGGAACUACGAACAGCAGCAAAUUCUCAUCCGCCAGUUGCAGGAGCAGCACUAUCAGCAGUAUAUGCAGCAGUUGUAUCAAGUCCAGCUUGCACAGCAACAGGCAGCGUUACAGAAACAACAGGAAGUAGCAGUAGCUGGGGCUUCUUUGCCUACAUCGUCAAAAGUGAAUACACCUGCACCAGGUGAUAUGAUGUCAGUUAAUGGACAGGCCAAAAACCACAGUGACAAUUCUGAAAAAGAGCUUGAACCAGAAACUGCGGAAGAAGCCCUGGAGAAUGGACCAAAAGAAUCUCUUCCAGUAAUAGCGGCUCCAUCCAUGUGGACACGGCCCCAGAUCAGAGACUUUAAGGAGAAGAUUCGGCAGGACUCGGAUUCUGUGAUUACAGUGGGCCGAGGAGAAGUGGUCACUGUUCGAGUACCCACCCAUGAAGAAGGAUCGUAUCUCUUUUGGGAAUUUGCUACAGACAAUUAUGACAUUGGGUUUGGGGUGUAUUUUGAAUGGACAGACUCUCCAAACACUGCUGUCAGCGUCCAUGUCAGUGAGUCCAGCGAUGAUGACGACGAGGAGGAAGAAGAAAACAUCAGUUCUGAAGAGAAAGCCAAAAAGAAUGCCAACAAGCCUGUGCUGGAUGAGAUUGUGCCUGUGUACCGGCGGGACUGUCACGAAGAGGUGUAUGCUGGCAGCCACCAGUAUCCAGGGAGAGGGGUCUAUCUCCUCAAGUUUGACAACUCUUACUCCUUGUGGAGGUCUAAAUCAGUCUACUACAGAGUCUAUUACACUAGAUAAAGAUGUUACAGAGUUUAGAGUUGGGCAGAAGAUGGCAUUUAAAUUGGAAAUUUCUUUUGACUCGGGGAGCAUUGCAGUCAGUGUUUGCCCUGUUGAUUUUGGUGUGAUGAUCUGUGAACUCUUGUUGGGGAUCAGGAUUUCCUUGAAACUCUUUAGCAUUAAUACUUUGGGGUAAAAGGGAUCCCUCAGACUCAUCCAGCCCUUCGGUGCUGACCAGCAGAGUCACUAGUGGAUGCCGACGUUACAUGAGCUAUGUGUUAAAUCUUUAAAGUCUCCAAAAUAAACAUCCCAACCUUGACCCCA